CCGGGAUUCUCCGCCCGCCGGCUCGCGCGGGCCCCGCCCCCUCCCGUGUCCAUGGUAACGGGCCGUACACACGGGCAGGCGGCAUGAUCUGGGAGUGGGAGCUGACAGCGGUGCAGAAGCGAAACUCGUUUGGAUCAUGUCAAGGGAGGAAAAUUUUCCCCUUUCACCAUGCCCCAGACAGACUGGGGAACCAGCUGGUCCCCAUCCUUGGGGACCCCUAUCGUGGGCCCGGGAGUUACGACAAUGACGAGAGGAGUAGCAUGGUAUAUGCCUUGACUCAUAAACCAGAGAGCAUCAAAGGUUACGUACUGGGAGCAAGAACAUCCUUACGUUUCCCACCAGAUUGCAAGACUGAGACUCCUGGCCCUGGAACACACCAAUCAGCAUGGGGCAAAGACCGAAAGUUCCAGCCUGCCUACGCCCCAUUUUCCAUCAAGACAUCACGAUUUCCACAGAAGGCUCUGGAUAGAGAGCUUUUCCCUGGACCUGGAACUUAUGAAGCAGACAAGUUGCCACAUAAGAAAAUCACCUGGCCAAUGAAGUUUGGGUCUCCAGAUUGGUCUUUAGUACCAAUGCCAGAGAGGAGGACUCUGAGAACAGAGCUUCACCAAGAAUAAAAUUCAUGGAUGAGUAGAAGCAUAUGGCAAGACGUUAGAGACAAAGGCGGCUCCUGGUCAAGUUCUGACCCAAUGGACCUAACUGAACCUCAUCUAUACUCAUGCAACCUGAAUGACAUCUUGAACCAGAUCCUGAGCUGGUGUAAACUGACAUAGCUCCCCUGAAGUCAAUGGAGCUGGGCCCAUUUACACCCACAUGGGAUCUGGCCCAAAUCUCUGUUGAACGGGUUUUUUUUCCCUUUGCCACUCUCAGAAGAGAAUAUGGGGUAAAACAAACAAUGCUUCCUCUGAGCUAUCUCCUCUGCAGCCUACACUGUGACUGUCUAGAGAAGCGAAAGAUACCAAACGCCUACUCCUUGCUGCAAUCAUGGAACCGCAAGUGGAAAUAGCCACCCAGACAAUGAACCCACCAUUCCUGAAACUCAUGUGAAGUGACUGUCUGGUUCCUGUGUUCAGUUCCAGCCUCCAAGGGAAGACAGGUAAUGGGGAGGUCUUCAAAGAAAAUAUGGAGAUCACUUCUAAAUCAGGGGGCCAGAUCCUAAGCUGGUGUAAAAGGUAAAUGGUUCUGUUGAUUUGAAGCAGCGUUUCACCCAUUUAUACCAUCUGAGGAUUUGGACCGAUAGGAUUACAUCUGAUUUUUUCAGCCCCAGUUCCACCCUCAGUUACACGCAUGACACACCAGCCCCAUCAACCUGUGAUUUCCCUCUGUUUCAUUAGAAACCUUGAACAGGAAGAGCAAUGGGCUAAAUGAGACGUUACUCCUUAGGAGGCUGGUAUUUUACAGCCAGCCAGCUGGCAGAAGCUAAUGCAAUCAACCUGCAGUGGCAGGGUAAUCUCCUGGCGAUUACGUUCCAUGAACUGCUCUGAAAAGCAGAGGUAGCAGGUGCUAAGAUGUCUUACUGUUAGGCCCCUUUCUGUGAAUUAAAAAUACCCUAAACUAGAGUCUACAACAUCAGGACACAGCAUAAGAACGGAAUAGAGUAGAGCUUAUCACCUUUCUGAGAAGGCCUGUCAAGAACCCCUCUAGACAGGGGGCCUGAGCCUCUGCUCCUUUACACCAAUUUUACCACUGCGCCACUCCUGUUAUCUUUAUUAUUACUAUUUUGCCUAGUGAAGUUGCUCGUGCAUUUACACCAGUGUCAGUGAGAGGAGAGUUCGGGCCAAGCUGUGCUUUUUAUGUCUGUUAGGUAGCUAGUGUCAUUAUGAAAGGUACAUGUACGCUUCAAGGUACCCACUUGAAUUCAAUUAGAUUAGCUACGAUGAUUUGUCUUCCCAAUGUAUUAUGACAAAGCCGCAGGAACCUUCAUUAUCUUGAAGUCUUCUGAUGCUUAAAGAGGCACCCUGAGAUAAUUUAACAUACAUUAGGAGCUAUAGAUUGUAGUAGGCUGUGCCAGCGGGUGCAAGGCUGUGGUGUAGGAAAUGAAUAGCUGUGGUUGUUGUACAUUUCUCCAAGCAGGGUAGACCACUGCACGAUGUCUUGUGUAACCUUCACGAGCAGGGGAGGGAAGUAAAUCCCAAAAUAAGGACUUGGUCGGCCUAGGGGAUAGGGCACUGUACUGGGUAUCAGGAGAUCUAGGUUGUGUUUUCAGCUAGGACACUCAUUUGCUACAUGUCACCUUGGGCAAAUCACUUCCCCUCUCUAUUCACCAGUCUCCAUCUGUAAGAUGGGUAUAAGGGUAUUUACUUUCCUUUGAGAUUUUUCUUCCCUCAAUGAGAUAACUAAUUAUUAUUAUUAUUAGAAAUUAUAUGAGCUGAGAUGGAGGAGGACACAAAUCUGAACCACAGAAAGAAGUCUUAGGAAAUGUCUGAAUAAGCCAGGCUCAGCCUGUGUUGAAUAUCUGGCCUAUGCAAUUUUGUGAUGCAUUGGCAGAGAAGACACUAUAUAAAAGAGAUUAUUUAUUACUGUUACAAGCAGGGUCACUGAUCACACAGCAGACAGACAACACACACAUUAAUGCCUUAUCCCCGCCACUUGGUUUUUUUAAUAGGGCAAGAGGGAUUCUGCCAGAGAUGAUUCAAAUUACAGUUUGUUACUCAUCCGUGUUUGUUCUGAGCCAGGGGUGGGGUUAAUAUUUUGGAUAGUUACAGCACUUGCAGCUCUCAUCAAAGAGAAGGCCAGCUGCACAGGUGA